AUAUCAGAAAUUGCCGCGGGUGGCGAACGUCGCGUCGUCCGUAAUCAAGAACAAAAUCUUUGUGUUGUUACUUGUGGUGGUUGUUAGAUUGUUCACAUGUUCACACAGGAUCAUAAUUUAUAAGAAAAUGUACACACGAACCGCCAUCCUCCUGGUUCUUGGCACUGUCAGUGCCCAGUCACGAACAGGACACGCCCCCGUCCCCUGCCCUGGCGUGUUUGAGUACCAGAAGCCAGGAUCAGAGACAGGCAAAUGGGAAGGCGUUGUGCACCUCACCUCAGAUGUCCAGCUUUACUCGGUGUUUCUUAACAUAAUUCUGACUGAGAAGGCUCAGUUACUCGGGAACUGGUUAGCGGAGUCGACAACGCAAGACAACAAACAGUUUAGAAUAGAGUCCACUGAAUUGGUAAUAUCACCAGCGGCGCCUCUUGAUUUCAAAUUUUUCGUCAGAUUCGACCCUCUCAGCAAGAUUCCACUGCUGCAGUCAAUUAAAUUUAAUGGGCAGGAAAUUUGCAAUGCAGCUGUUACUACAGAGUCCUCAAGCGAAAAACCUGCACCGCCACCACCGCUGAUACCCCAAGACUCCUUUGAGACCAAACCAAUAAAAAAACAAUCAGAUAAUAACGAAGUAACUGGGGGCGGCGUGUAUGUACCAGGACCACCUGUAGGACUUCCAACUAUUAUAGGUGGCGGUGUUCCCACAAAUGAAAAG